AUGUCUCAACAAUCGGCAAACUUCAGGCUUGCUCUUAAAGACGAGGGUGCUGCAGGCCCGUCUUCUAUGCUUGAGCAUUACUUUAAAAGCUCUCCAACAAUCACGGAGAAGCUUCAAAUUAACUCCAAAAAGAGCGGCUGUGAGAUAAAGGCGCUAAAGAUCAAGGAGACGAAGGAGUAUCUUGGCGACUGGCAAAACUCUUGGGACAAGAUGGCUGCGUCAAAGGAAUAA